AUGAAGGCCGUCACCGACGACUCUCUCAGCGUGAACACAACCAUCAGCAUGCCCCGCUCCAACGACGAUCCGCGACGGCACGUUCAGAUCCUUCCCGAGAGGGUUGGAGCUGUAUCUGGAUCCGAGUUCCCCGGCCACUACCCCGGAGAGGACCACUCGUGGAACCUUGACAAGUUCAAGGAGCGGUUGACUCCCUCGACUGUCGAGUUCGACCUCGUCGGUGUGGACGCAUCGAUUGCCAACUCCCUUCGUCGUGUUAUGAUUGCCGAGGUCCCUACGGUCGCCAUCGAGGAUGUCUAUGUUUGGAACAACACUUCGAUUAUGCAGGAUGAGGUUCUCGCGCACCGCGUUGGUCUUGUUCCUCUGAAGAUUGACCCCCGGACGCUUGACUUCAAGCCUUCGAACUACUCUGCGCCGAUGGAGAACGACACGCACGUCUUUGAUCUGCGUGUGAAGUGUGACCGUCGACGCGACGCUGCUCCGGGAGAGACGGACCCGAAGAAGCUGUACUACGACUCGAACGUGUACACGGGUAUGAUGAAGUGGGUGCCGUCGGGGCAGCAGAAGAGCAAGUACAAGGGCAAGGAGCCCCGACCGGUGCUUGACGACAUCCUGCUCGUUAAGCUGCGUCCGGGACAGAUGGUUGACCUGCACUGCUUCGCCCGCAAGGGCGUUGGAGCCGACCACGCCAAGUACUCCCCGGUCGCGACCGCCUCGUACCGUCUCCUGCCGCAUAUUAUUCUUCGCGAGCCGAUUCCCCUCGAGGACCAGGAAAAGUUCAAGUCGUGCUUCGCUCCCGGUGUUAUCGAGCUCGAGAAGGACGCGGAUGGCAACCAGCAGGUCGUCGUCAAGAACCCGAGGAAAGACACCGUGUCCCGAGAAGUCCUCCGCCACAAGGAGUUCCAGGACAAGGUCGAGCUUGCCCGUAUCAGGGAUCACUUCAUCUUCAACGUCGAGUCUGCCGGACAGUACCCUCCCGAGGAGCUCGUGCCCGAGGCGAUCAAGAUCAUGCUCUCCAAGAUCUCCGCCGUGGAGGCCGGUCUCGACAAGCUCUUCGCCCCUACAGAAUAG